CAGCCCUCAAGAUGAGACAGAUCCAACAUCCUCAACUCUAAUCAAGGGUAUUUCUACCGACUGGAGAGACGAACAAUACCGCCGGUCAUGGUGCAGAAGCUUCAUCCAAUCAGCCAGAUGCCGGGGUCCCGUGACAUCGUCCCGAGGCACCUCGGCUCUCCGGACGCCCCACAUCCAACCGUUCAGGACCCCGAAGUCGAGACCUCCGCCUCCUCCGCAUUCUCAAAACGUCUCCCUCUGCCAUCCGCAACUCUACUCUCCCCACCCCAACGUCUUCCAUACCUGCUCUCCUCACCAGUUCUUCUUUUCCACCUUCUUCUUCACAUCACACCACACUUUCAACAUGACGGAGCGUCUCAAGUCUAUCGUUUCGCAGAUCUCCCCUGCCAAGUCCGGGUUGAGCGCCAUUACGACCAAGAACCCUGACGACAUCGUCAUCACACUUGCCAUCCGAACACCUCUCACAAAAGCCUUCAAGGGCGGAUUCAAGGACACACCGCUCGAUGGAAUUGUGGUCAAGAUCCUGAAGCAGGUCGUUGCGCGGUCAAACAUUGAUCCCGCACUGGUCGAGGACAUCUGUCUCGGAAAUGUCUCCGACGCCAAAGCCGCAUACUACUGCCGCGCCGCCAUGCUCGGUGCCGGGUUCCCCAACACCACCGCCGGCUCCUCGGUGAACCGCUUCUGCUCGUCCGGCCUCAAAGCCGUGCAAGACAUUGCCAACCAAAUCGCCACGGGAGCCAUCGAAGUCGGUCUCGCCGUCGGCGCCGAGAGCAUGACCGUGGGCGGCGACCGCCUCGAGCGCCCCUUCUUCGACGAGAUCCUCGAGAACCAGGAAGCCGCCGACUGCAUGCAGCCCAUGGGGCAAACGUCCGAGAACGUCGGCAACGACUUCAACAUCUCGCGCGCGCAGCAGGACAAGUUCGCUACCGAGAGCUACAGGCGUGCCGAGGUCGCGCAGAAGGCCGGCUGGUUCGACGACGAGAUUGUCCCGAUCCAGGUCAAGGUCAAGGACCCCAAGACGGGCGAGGAGAAGGAAGUCACACUCACAAAGGACGAGGGCCCGAGAUGGGGAACCACCUUUGAGGGGCUGCAGAAGAUCAGACCCGCGUUCCUGCCCCACGGCGACAAGUCGACGGGCGGAAACUCCUCGCAGGUCACCGACGGCGCGGCCGCCAUCCUGCUGAUGAAGCGCUCAAAGGCAGAAGAGCUCGGGCAACCCAUCCUCGGCAAAUUCGUCGGCGCGACCGUCGCGGGCCUCGCGCCUAGAAUCAUGGGCAUCGGUCCGUCCGUCGCGAUCCCCAAACUCCUCAGCAAAUUCAACCUCACCAUCGACGACAUCGACCUCAUCGAGCUCAACGAGGCUUUUGCCUCCAUGGCCGUCUUCUGCCUGGAAACCCUGAAGAUCGACCACCAGAAGCUGAACGUGCGCGGCGGCGCUAUCGCGCUGGGCCACCCGCUCGGCUGCACGGGCGCAAGGCAGAUUGUCACGGGUCUGAGCGAGGCCCGCAGGCAGAAGAAGAAGAUUCUUUUGACCUCCAUGUGCAUAGGCACCGGCAUGGGCAUGGCUGGUCUGUUCGUCAACGAGCAGGUGUAGUACAUGUUUGAAAUUUGUAUAUAUUGUUGUUGUUGUUCGCUCUAUGUACUGCAUGCAUGUCCUAUUCUCACGGCCGCGAAGAAAAAUACAAAAUUCAAGCUUCCAUCAUGACUAUGCUCUUGACCUGUUGUAUGCUUUGAUUAAACGGUGAUACAUUCAUCCAUCCAUCCAUCCAUCUCAUCGUCCCAACAAAUCCCCACGUCAAAAAAUUCAAUUCCUCACAGCCCCGCCAUCCCCAUCCCUUGAUAUCAGAUUAUCAUCACGCGUCACUGUAGACCAGUUCGUUCAGCUCUAACAACCUUGCAAGAACUCCUGCUUCCCCCCCUUCCCCCUCCCUUGGAAUCUCGUUUCUCCCGUUGUCAUACAGACACCAACAAGAUUUAUAUAUAUAACAGCGCCGGCAUCUUGGGAGAAGGAAGAAAAAUGAAGCAGCUCAUCCUUCUACCUAUAUUUCCAGACCUCCCCCCCCC